UGUUGCCGCCCUGAGAUGCACGCUGAGAUGUUGUCACCUGCCAAUCACGAUGCCAAGAGAACACAAGUGAAAUUAGAAGAUACUAAAAACAUGAUUCCUUUAUCUACGCGAUCGGAAGGUGACUUCUACAGCCGAGUUAUUGCUCCACAAUGGGCAAAAAUGGCUUUUCAUUUACAAACCAUCUCCCUUAUAUUAGGAAUAUUCAUCAUAAAUGUUAAAAGUGGAGUUGUAGAUCAGAAAGGAAAGGGUAAUUUAGCAGGUGAUGAUGGGAAGAGCUGCUACAGGUUUUCCAGCUCUCUUGCCGAAGACCCUGACGUGAUAGUAGGUUGGACAGCAAGAUGGAAAAAUCAAUGUCCAGAAGGCACUGUAGCUGUUGGUUUGUGGGCACCAGAUUUAAACAGAACGGUGCAAGAUAUGAAAUGCUGCAAAGCUUCUGUCGAUCAGGUUUUAUCAGAGAUGAUGUUUGAUUUCAGCACAAAACAAAACGGACCAAGUGGCGUUAAUGAGACAUGGAGGGCGCAGUGUUCUGAUAAUCACGUUUUGACUGGUAUUAAGAUAGUUAAGGAUAGACAGUAUGACCAACGCAUUGCUGGAAUGAAGUGCUCUGCUCUGAUUGAUCAUGGCAUCGAUUACAAGAAUUGCAAAAGAUUUGAUUUAUCAAAGCAACAAGGUGGAACAAGAGAUCCUGGAAUGGUCUGGUCACAAGAAUGCCCGGAGGGUUGGGCUGUUGUUGGAUUGUAUGGGUAUCGUGGAUUUUCGGUCAUUAAAUACGGAAAAUGUUGCAGAAUUGAAGAAAUUUCUUCUCUGGACGAACUGCCAGUGUCGUGCAAUGUGGAUCCAAAAGAUAUGUGUGGCUGGUCUUUAUCAAAGAAUUCAUCCAUACCAUGGGAGUUCAAGAAGACGUCUGCUACUGGCUAUUCAUUGAUGUUAAAGCAAGGGUACGGUCAAGGAAGCGCCACAAUUACAAGUCCGGCUUAUGGAUUUCCUGGAAACCAGAUUUGCUUCCGGCUGAAUUAUAAGUUAUUUUUGUAUGCAGCGUUAAGAAUAUCUACAAAGUCGUACAACGCCCAGGACAAAGUGUCAGUUUUAAGAGAGGUCAUGCUUAUCAGUCAAAAUGAGCACGCAGCCACCAACAAGGACAUCAAAAUUGAUAUUUCAAGCAACUUUCAGAUCAUAAUCGAAGGUAUCAGGUUGAAGAUACCAGUGUCCAGUGCAAUUAUACAAAGCUUUAAGUUUGUAGACAUGGAAGAGUGCCAAGCUGACGAGUGUACGUCAGCAACAGGUUGCACAAAUGGAAUCUGUCUUCCAAGUGGCCCCCACGGAUUCAUGAAGUGUAAAUGCAAUAAGGGAUAUCAAAAUUUAAAUGGAAUUUGCCAAAGAGCAAUGCAAUCGACUCCCUCUUAUCCCACCACAACAACCAAGGCCGCGAGCAAUCACUACACGCUGGUGACUGUUACGGGAAAAGGUCGUGCUGGUGAUGGGGACGGAGGCAGUGGGUCCGGGCAAACGGAUGCUUCAAAGUCGAAACAGAAGCUGUCCACAUUGAAUACUGAAGUCAGCCCAUGGAUGUAUACAGUUAUUGGAGUUGUUUGUGGUACUCUUAUGGUUAUUUUCCUUGUUUUUGCUUUUCUUACUUACCGGAGACGACGAUUAACCCGGCGUACCUAUCAGUUCAACUUCGAUGUCAACUACUUGCGAACUCGGUCUUUCAGUGGGUCGUUUAUAUCAGAGAAAAGCAACAGCUAUGUUAUGGAGCCAACGAACAUGGGUCAUGAUACUGAGACAAUUGAAUUACAUUCAAUGCCACGGAUUGAAUUCAGCGAUGACCAAAACUCUAUACACACAGGAACACCGCCAAGUCACCAUUACUUUGUUGUUGAACCGGAAUGUGAUCUUGAGCGGAAAACCAGUGAAGUUACCCUUGUUUUGCCUGUUUAUGGAAGCAGUGAAGAUAUCAGUGAGAGGCUACACGAGCAAGAGAUUUUCCUCGAGCCUCCAAGCAACGAAAAGGAACUCUGCGAACAACUCGAUCGAGAAAUAGACUGGAAGGAGUUGACAGUUCGACACGAUACUCAAUUGGGACAAGGGGCAUUUGGCUAUGUUCAUUACGGAGUAUGGAACACGUCGGAUGGUGCUAGCAAAAGUGUUGCAAUCAAGUCAAUGAAAGAUUCAAAUUCUGCAGAAGAGAGGAUAAAAUUCCUUCAAGAGGCAGCCAUUAUGAAGCAAUUUGCUCAUCAAAACGUCAUAUUUAUGUUUGGUGUUGUGACCAAGCGUUACCCGCCAAUGAUUAUUCUGGAGUACAUGAAAAACGGAAAUCUGCGAAAAUAUUUAAGAAGAGAACAAAGGUUAAGGACAAAGAAACUUCCAGGAAACAAAAACCACGAUUUACACAGGCAGUUAUUGAAAAUGGCGCGGGAAAUAGCUGCAGGAAUGACAUAUUUAUCAGGAAUGCAGUUCGUGCACCGGGAUUUAGCAGCAAGAAAUAUUUUGCUGGACGAAAGUAUGGUUUGCAAAAUUGGUGAUUUUGGGCUGGCACGUGAUCUGAUUGGCUGUCAGCAUUAUAUUUCUCAAGGAGGACAAAUCCCUGUAAAAUGGACUGCACCAGAGGCCCUGUCAUUUCGGCGAUACUCAAGUGCAAGCGAUGUAUGGAGUUUUGGAGUUCUGCUGUACGAAAUAUGGAGUGUGGGUAAAAAGCCUUAUGAAGGAUGGUCAAAUGAUGACGUGAUCGAAAACGUUUGCAACCGAGGAUACAGACUGCCUCCUCCAAAAGAUUGUCCGCGAGUGAUUUAUCAUUUAAUGAUUGAUUGCUGGCACCCUGAAGAAUCAAGACGACCACGAUUUUCACAAAUUAAGUUUUGCUUAGCACAGAAAGAUGAGAGGCUUCUUGGAAGACAAACAGAAUUGAGACCGAGGUCAGCAACUCUGGACGAGAUUACAAGCAGCACUAUAAAGGAAGAGAAUUACGGAGACUUGCAGUAUGCUUAUUGCAAGACAGAUUGAAACUGGUUUUUGGACUUUGGCUUUCGAAAUUUCAUUUAUAAAAGAAGAAUUCAUUCAUUUGGCUACCUACAGUCAUAGGAUGUAGUAGGUCCUUUCAAGAAAGAGAAAAUAGAGUAAUUUUUUGUUACUAGCAGUGUUUCAAGGCAUUAGCAUAGCUUUUCUUUUGUAGUUUUGUUUUAUAAUAUAUCAUUUGCCUGAUGGCGGUCAUUUCGAAUAGAUUUAAUUUCAGAUGUUUGUUUAUUUUUAGAUUAUGCCAAGCGUAUUCCUUUAUUUUUGUCUUUUUCAUUCCUUUUUGUAUUUUCUAAUUUUUGAGAUGCUUUCUUUGUAUUAUCUUUCUUUUUAAUACCAGCCUUUAAUAAGGAAGUUAUUGUAUACUGUGAUUGGAUGCCAGGACACAAAAUGUAUUUCAAAUGAAAGUUUAUGAAAGUAGAGGGGAUAAACCUCUGGACUGUUCCUUACAAGGCAUGUAGUUGGUAUUAUAUGGCACGUAUAGUUUUUAAGAAAAAAGAUAAAAUAUAGGAAAUGAUAAGCCAAGCCUGACUUGGAUAGAUAAUAACUUUUAUUCAUGUCAUUUCAAAGAAUGUCGGGCUGCAAAGCAAAACGGGUUGUUCAAACAUAAAUGUGUCGUUUUCAAAAUGCCAAGUUUUCAAAAUUUUGUUCCUCAUCAAAAAGUUUCACUUCUAUUUUCUGUCACUUGUACUUUUGAAGAUUUUACUCAACAAACCCCCAAAUUAAAGCCCUUUUCUAUUGCAAAACUCCUCGCCAAUAUCCCUCCCUAUUUACGCGCAAGCUACUCGGCGUAUCAGGGUCUAAAGAAAAAGAUGAGGUAGUAUCAAAGACCGUUGCGGUAGCGGAUAAAAAACCCCGAGAAACUCGUAUGCGUAUCUCAGCCUCUACUCAGUACUCAAGUACCAAUAAACAUAAGCUAAUCAUCGCACUGUUAACACGAGAAUAUCCUAUGAUCAUCAAAACCCAUUAAAAUUUGGAACAUUACAACAAGCGUCUAAGUCAGUCCUAAAACACUGAUCCCAAAUGCUUUUGCAUUUCCUCGUACUAAGGCUGGUUUCCUUGUGUAUGCCUUCGUGGUCCUAAUGAUACCCACAAGGUGUCUUGAUUGUAGUUAAUAUUUCUAUUUAAAGUUUGAAGAAUGUAAAAAACUGCGUCUGGUACGGUAAGGUAAGGACUUUUAUGGUAAGCUUUGGAAAACGGAAUUGUAGAUUUUAUAAUUUUGAUUUGUGACAUUGUGUGUGUUACGCUAGCCUAGCAUUAUUAGUUUUAUGAUGUACGAAUUUCUUUUACUUCUUAGACGUUACCGGACGUGUCGAAAUAUAAAUUAUAGAAAAACACAAUAGUGCAAAGUGA